AUGGCCAAGGAAAAUUCAAAUGGCGAAGGAUAUUGCCAGCGGUUUCCUGAUAUUCCAACCAAUCCCCCUGAUGAAAGUUCGGAUGAAAGCUCAUCUGAUAAUCCAACCAACCCCUCGGAUGAAAGCUCAUCUGACAAUUCAACCAAACACGACGACGAUGAUGAAGCGCCAUCAAGCGACGAAAAUGGCGAAACAGGUUAA